CGAGGGGUCGCUCUCCUCCGUACGACCGAAGGGAUGCCGGUGGGGCGGUUUGACCUGAGUAGAGCUCUAGUUCCCCUCCAUUCAAUCCACGGCCACAAUAUCGGUUAUAUAGCGGGCCACUGUUGCCAGAUUGCGCGCCUCGGCGCGUCGACGGUGGCGUGUGGGUGGAGCCGCAACGAUAGAGGGGAAAAGAUCCCCUUUGCCUCUCCCCGCCCACUCCUCCCGUCCCGCUCUGGCAUCCUCUCUCAUCUCGCCGCGCGCCGUUGUCCUCUUCUCUCGUCCUCGCGCUGGUUGCUCGAUCCGAGAAACCGGCGGCGUCUGUCGCCGUCUCCGUCUGCCAUCCUGAUCCGUCUCUCUUUGUCCGCCGCCCGUUCCUUCUGCCAACGGCGUCGUCCUCCGUCUUUCCGUUGUGUGUCGACUGUCGGCCACGGCUGUGUGUCGCUACCGGGACGUACACACGGAUCCCUACCCAAACCCCGGCCGUAUGUAGCAUUUCUACUUGUACCGCUCUGGACCUUAUGCACCGGCAGGCAAGCAAGCAAGCAGGCAGCUAAACCACCUGCACCUAUUGCGCCAAUGCCAGCUCAAUCUGCAACUGUGGCGCCAGCAGCAGCUCAACCGCCUGCGACUACGGCGCCAACAGUAGUUCAACCGCCUGCGGCGCCAGCACCAGCUCAACCGCCUGCGGCGCCAGCACCAGCACCAGCUCGACCGCCUGCGGCGCCAGCACAACAAAGUGCGGAAUAAAUAAUAAUAAUAAUUAAAUUUAAUUGUAUAUAAAUAUAUCAAUAAUAUUAACAAAAAAUUAUCUAUAAUAACAAUCGUAUUAAUAUUUGUUGCCGUAAAAUUAUUAAUUUUUGUUUGU